AUGGCCCCCGGCAGAGCCCAGGAGCAGAGUGCCCCUGGCCGUGACUUGGCCUUUGUUGGGGCCACUGAAGCAGCCCCCUGGCACCCCCAGGACACCGAGGUCCCAACAGAAAAACAAGGUGCCUCUCUCUCUGACCCAGCUCAGCCUCAGCCCAUCCUUCCUUCCUUCCUUCCCAAGGGGUUGCUGCUGCUCCUCAAGCACCUCUGCCACUUCUCCUGCCCCUCACCAGCUCCCCUUUAUCACUCGCCUCCACUCGCACCCGGCCGCCCCACCGGUGUGUGUGGCCCCAAGGUGCCCACCAUCGCUCUGCUGCCCAUCCCAUCCCAAGCCAGGCACCCUUCUCUCCUGGCUGAGCCUCAGUGCCUGCCAACUCAGACACCCAACCCAAAACCACUGGCAGAGAGGGUGCAGGUGUGCUGGGGGGACAAAGAGCUGAUGGCGACCCCUCUGUGCCCACAUGCCAGUGGCCAGCCUGCAGCAUCACAGGAGGAAAACAGAGGGUUUGGGUUGUGCCAUGAGCCAGAAAGCAGCCAGCGCAGCGCAGCGCAGCUCAGCCUGCCUUUGGAGGGUGUUGACGAGGUAUGCCAGCUUGUCCCUUGGCUGGGAAAGGUGUGGACCCUCAGGGCAGGUAAGAAGAGCCCACCUGCUGAGGACAAAGUUGUGUUAACACAUAUGAAGUUACUGAGCAAUGAAGGAAUUCAAAACCCAGGGUUAAACCCAGAGGCUCCAGCUGACACAGCCUGCACAGAAGAGUCCCGUCUCCCUGGUGUCAGCCUCCCACCGGACUGUCAGGGAAAUCCGAAUGCAGCAGCCGCACCAGCAGAUCCAGACUAUGCAGAUGCCCCGGCAAGCACAGACUAUGUAGCCACGCUGCCUGACCUCAGUGCCUUCGAGUCCAAGUGCCAACUUCAUAGAUUCUCCAAAUUUGAAUCUGAGGACUCGGGGGUUGAAUUGCCAAGUGGGGCUAAUUCUCCAUCAACACCGACGGGUUCAGAGAAGAGCUUUGUGCUUCACAGCAGAGACUCAUUUUGUGACUCAGGUGUGCUUAGCACUUCUUCUUCUCCAGAAAUUGACCAUCUGAUAAUGAGAACAUGUAAAGAGUGUGCCAGAAAAGUCAGCCACCAAGAUCCAGAGAGUGAAAAACAAGCUGAGUACUACAGCCAGGAGGCAGAUGCUGUGCAGGGUCCUACAGCUUCCCUUGAAGACUUCAGUGUCCCUCAAGAAGAAAGUCCCGAUGAACAUUCUGACCAAAGCAAAAGGCAAUAUCUGGAAAAAGAAGCUACUCCAGAGACAGACCUUCCUAGGGAAAGCACUCUUCCCACCCCACCUUCCAUAGAAGAGCCAAAGACAAUUGCUGACAAUUUCCCAGAGAACUUUGGCAGCAUGCAAGACCUUCAGAUCCAUGGACAUCAGCUGAAGAAGUACCCCACAAGCGACAGUCUGAAUGAAUACAUGGAUGAAUGCUGUAGACUGAGUGAGGUGAACCAAGGUAACAGCAAAGCCCUGGGAUCUGGUUUGGGAUACCUGGAACACAUCUGCCAACUGAUUGAGAAGAUUGGGCAGCUGCAGGAGCACAACUUGCGUCUCCAAAAGCAAGUGUGCAGCUUGCAGAAAGAGCAGAAGAUGAGCCAGAUAAAAGAGGAAUACCUUCUGCAGCAUUGCUCCUGUGGAGCUGCCAGCGUCUUCCUCAACUCAUACCAAGACAUGAAGACAUUUUUUUCUGGGAGGAGCAGACCUCACAGCCUCUUGGUUCAGACUGGAAACCCUUCUGAUCUUUCCAUCAUCCCAGAAAUAGGAGCGAACACUGAAAAGCUAAGCAGCUGCAAUGGAAGAGAGAGGUACCCGGAAUCAGGAAACAGCCAGCCGGGGCUCAGGAAGUCAUCAAACAAUAGGAACAACAAGGAGAAUGAGUUCAGAGAAGCUGGUAAUAUGGCUGAGAGACAGGCUUUUCCAUCAAAGGACCCUGCAGUAAGAAAGGGUCUGGAUGUCAGCAAGAUCAUCUCGGGCGAGAGCCAUGCUUGGGGGAGAAUGAGGGAUCUUAUGAGGAAGACACGGCUGAGAAACCAGAACAAGCUGGGGCUGUCCUCCGCUGCUCUGAAGAGGUCCUGCCCACAGCUGUACAAGUAA